AGUAGAGUAACGUCAUGUGUACUGUUUGAGAGUUGCUCAAGACUAAAAAAUCUAGCGUUUGUUUGUUGAUCUCCUGUAUUGAAAACAGAUAGACCCGUCUUCAAUUUGAUUGAUUAUUAACGUUUACAAAUACCUUAAGUUGUAUUACAAAAGUACUUUGAAAUGUUUUGGCAAAGUUUAGAGGUAAUUUUUGAGAUAUUUUGUAGUGACUUUGGCAAAUUGGAAGCUGUUUUUUUCUGGAUCAAAGGCGACAAAUAAAUGGACAAUUUGUAUAUAUAUGGACGGAAUUAAUCGAACAAAAGGACCAUUUGUGAUGUUUAUGGGACAUAUUGGAGUGCCAACAAAAGAAUCUCGUCAAAGAAAAAACGUCAGAAAGCAAAUUCAGUUGAUGUGGAGCAGAAGAGAAGAAAGAAGAAGGAGAGUGGCACUUCAUCCCCCUCUCCAAUUCCAUCUGACCGUUCUGAACAGAAUGGCUUCGCCACCUCUGACCCCUCACCCUCUGACCAACUCUCCUCCCUCCAUCCACCUCCCUCUCCUGUUAAAUGUUCCUCUCAGCCUUGCUCUCCUGCUAAACAGCCCUCUGUACCCCGGUCACCUGCCAAACACCCUUCCCCAGUGAAAUCCUCUCCAGUGGUGUCCCAUCCUAGUUCUCCCUCUCCUACCAACCCUCUGGACUGUCAUGGAGACACCAGCCAUGACGGCACAACAGUCAGACCUCUGUCUCUUCAGGAACACUCUAGUCCAAGACCCCAGAGGCCAGUCUCAGCCACCAGAAGCAUGACUCUUCCCAGGGCCAGUUCAGCCACCAGAAGCAUGACUCUUCCCAGGACCAGCUCAGCCACCAGAAGCAUGACUCUUCCCAGGACCAGCUCAGCCACCAGAAGCAUGACUCUUUCCAGGUCCAGUUCAGCCACCAGAAGCAUGACUCUUCCCAGGGCCAGUUCAGCCACCAGCAGCAUGACUCUUCCCAGGGCCAGCUCAGUCACCAGAGGGCCAGAAGAGACCCAGGGGGCCAGAGGAGAACGGGGGGCACUGGUCAACAUGGAACUUCUUGGGUUGCCUAACAUUGGCAACACUUGCUUCCUUAACGCCACCCUGCAGUGCCUCCUGGUCCUGCCGUCCUUCUCAAAGGAAAUCCUGCACCAGGAACAACUCUGGAGCUCCUCCCCCUUCUCCAACCUGCUCAGGUGUCUUUCUGAUGUGCACCGUUUGAGUCUACCUGACAGUGUGGCAAACCAGGCCUCAAAAGCAGACCUCAUGUGGAAGGUCAAGUACUCCUUGUCGGGAUACGAUUUGAAGUAUCUGGGGGACACACAACAGGACGCACACGAGUUACUAGUGAACAUGCUGUGCCAGCUGAAGGAGGAGGGCAUGAUACUGAAGACACUCGGGGUGAACUAUUCCUGCCCUGUUUCUCAGCUGGAGUUCCAGCUUGUUUCGGUGCGCACAUGUACCAGCUGUGGGCGCGAGUCGUCCACCAGAGAGGACUACAACCACCUCUCAUUGGAAUUCAGCCCUGAGCGCACCUUGCUGAGCAGCCUAGCACUCACUUUCAAAGGUGAAAAGGUUGAAUUCACAUGUGAGGGUUGUAAAGGCCUCCACGCCUUAAAGGUGGAGCAGUUCCACACACUGCCUCUUGUGCUGGUUCUGCAUCUGAAGAGGUUUGGAGGACCUGGGGGGUUGGAGAAGCUGGAGGCUCCUCUUUUGUUUCCUUCGGAGCUGAGGCUCUCAACCCUCUGUGGGGACAUGGUGCCACUCCUGCACAGUGCCAGCCCACAGGCCCUCACCAACCAGGCCCCCAGCAUCCAGGGGUCCAUCCCCCAGACCCUCACCAGCCUAGUCUCCAGCCCACCUGGAGAGAACAAAUACAGCGCCCUCUGCUGUUCAGAAGCAGCAGCCAGUGCAGUCAGUGAAUGGUUACUACCAGCUGACUGGCGUAGUCUCUCAUUUGGGAGGCUCCGCAAACUCCGGUAAGUAAAUACCAUAAAACACACACAUGCAGAUGCACAAUACAUAUGACAUCAGCUGAAUUCCAAAUCACUCCCUUCUCCUCGGCUCUCAAUUUACUCGUUCACGUGUGCCUCUGCCGUAUACACAAGUAUCUUAAAGGCCAGGGAUCAUCAACUAGAUUCUUACUCGGGUCCAUUUUUUUUCUUAGCCAGAUGGGCAGGGGUAUGGAACAAAAUUACAAAUAAUUUGUAGACCGCAAAAUGACUGUAAGAAGCCCAAACGGAUACAAUAUUUGACUAAUUUCAAACCUUGCUUACAUUUGUCACAGUCACAUAUCUCUCUUUAUUGUGCGUGGGAAUACUUUGAAACAGAUUUCCAAAAAUGAAAAUCACUUGGAGCUGAUUUGCUGGUGUUUUUACAGUCUUUUAACUUUGACAUUUUAUUUGGUCAGAAACAUGGAGGUCCAAAUAAAAUCACCCUUGGGACAAACUUGUGGAACCCUGGUGUUGGGGAUAAUUAGACCCUCCAAUAGCCACUUCGGUCAAGCGAGCAAGGCUGCAGGCUUCAGAGUGAAGUGCCAUCCCAACAAGCAUUGCAAUAUGUUUAGAGUUUACGCAAUUUAAUUCAAAAGAAUGGAGAGACAUGCCUAAUUAUAUGCAACGUGUAUUUGUUUAUCUCUGAUUUCUCUGUGACGUGACAUACUGUCUUUUCUUAUCUCACAUACACGUAUUUAUUUGGACAGUGAAGCUACAACUUUUCAUUUGGCUCUAUACGCCAGCAUUUUGGAUUGGAGAUCAAAUGUUUCAUAUGGGGUGACUGUACAGAAAGUCACCUUUUAUUUAAGGGUAAUGAAUGGUAAAUAAUGUUGAGUGAGAAAGUUACAGAGGAUCAUACCCCCAAGACAUGCUAACCUCUCACCAUUACCAAUAACAGGGGAGGUUAGCAUUUUAUAUCAUACCCCCAAGACAUGCUAACCUCUCAUUAUUACCAAUAACAGGGGAGGUUAGCAUUUUAUAUCAUACACCCAAGACAUGCUAACCUCUCAUUAUUACCAAUAACAGGGGAGGUUAGCAUUUUAUAUCAUACCCCCAAGACAUGCUAACCUCUCACCAUUACCAAUAACAGGGGAGGUUAGCAUUUUAUAUCAUACCCCCAAGACAUGAUAACCUCUCAUUAUUACCAAUAACAGGGGAGGUUAGCAUUUUGGGGGGGGGUAUGAUAUUUAUACCUCUGUAACUUUCUCACUCAUCAUUAUUCACAAUUCAUUCAUGUUUAUCUUUAAUCAUGGUAUUCUAUUCUUAUUUACAAUAAAAGUGACUCCAAAGUUACACAAUACAUUA